AUGUCAACCACCGGCCAGGAAUCGAUGCGGACGUCGCUGCUGCAUCCGUCAUGGAAUGGUCAGCACAAAGCCAUCUUCAUGCCGGUGCUGGCGACCGCCAUACUUCUGUGGCUCAUCUUCCUUGGCGACAUGGCCUACCUCUUCGGCACCACCUUUAGCCAGCGGUACCACACACACGCCUUGAAGGUCCUCGUUGUCGACUUUGACGACGGCGAGGCCAUCCCUCAGGCCGUCCAGGCGACCUACCAGAUGAUGCAGGGAAGCAAAUUCCCGACCUUGGAGUUUCAGAUCCCGUCGCCCGAGUACCCCAACCCGGCCACGGUCAAGGAGGCCGUUUGCAGCGGCGACUACUGGGGCGCCAUGUACAUCCGUUCCGGGGCCUCGUCCGACCUCGCAUCCGCCGUGAGUGGCGGCCCCGUGGCAGCCGGCUACCAGCCCCACGACGCCGUCACAUACAUUUACAACCAGGCUCGCUACAGCACCAUCUCCGACAACGCCAUCGGCGCGAACCUCCAGGCCCUCGUCUCUGCUUCGCGUAGCGCGUACUAUAAAACCACCGAUGGCCGCGACGCCCUAGUCAACCUCAACCGCUCCGAUCUCAACGCCCCCUCCUCGGACAUCAUCACAUUCACCCAGCAGGGCUCUCGCGCCUUCUACAACACCCUCAACCUCGUCUUCCCCAUUCUGCUGACUUUUUUCUUCUUCAUGGCAGUCAACGCCAUCAGCGACGCAAAUAGUCUUUCUCUCCGGCUCCGCCGCCGCGAAGUCUGGCUGCUCCGCUUCGUCCUCGGCAAGUCCUACGCCUUGAUCGCUGCCCUCAUCGUCACCGCCUACAUCUGGGCCUUCCGCGAGGACUGGGCCGUCGCCGACGCCGUCUUCGUCAGAAAUUGGUUGAUCGUCUGGUUCCAGAUCGACAUCAACUGGCAGGUUUUUGUCGCCACGCUCGGCACCUAUAUCCCCAUGCAGCUUGCCUCCUUCUUCAUGUUGACCUGGGUCAUCAUCAAUGUUGCCAGCACCGCCUUCCCCUUCGAGGUAGCCCCUGGAUUCUAUCGCGUCGGCUCGGCCUACCGGGCUAUAGUCGCCUUGCCAAUUCUCUUCGUCUGGUGGAUGCUCGGUCACAUCGCCGUCGUCUUUUCCGUCCGCAAGAGGUGUGCCAACGCCGAGCAGACGGCCCUUACACCAACUCCGGAGCAGCCCGACUCUGAACGGUCGAGCUCAUCGUCCCAGUCACCCGUGGCAGACGACGCCAUGGCAAAGCGCGAAUAG